GUGUCAGUCAACUAUUGCCUGAAUUAGGCAACAUCAAAAUUUUGUGUAUAAGAACACCGCAUUUUCGGAAAUCCAAGACGGUCAGGCCAAAAUGAAUAACUGCUGUUGCCGAUCGCACAGCGAUCGCACGGAUCCUUUGGCAUGUAUUCAGGGGAUUCCCCGCCUUCAUCGGGUCCAAAGUUGCAGGCCAUAUUUGGAGGGACGCAAGGCGAUGAGCUGUUGCGUAUCGAGGGAAAGGCGAUGGGGUCAGAGGAACCUGGGAAUGAUCCAAUUGCUGGCCAAGAUGGUGGAUAAGUCGGCCAGCACGGUCUGUCAGUUUCUGCAUCAACUGACCCUGCAGCUCUUUGCCAAGAUCCUCUACCCUUUGAUGAUGGGUUGGAAUACGCUGAAGAUACCAUUCGUUCUGCCCGAUACCUGUGAGCUUUACUACGGAAUCUUCGACGAGUGCGGCAACUUGAGGAAGCCCAUACCCACAAGGACACUUCUCAUCCUGAUAACCAUGAUGCAGUACUUUCUGAACUUACCCAAACGGGGUUGCAAGAGGUCUGAACAAUGUCCAGGGUGCAAAAGUGCGGCAAGUGUGCUUAGCAGCAUUCACAAUCCUGGUUAUUGUGGCAAGGAUGCAAUGACACCGUUUUCGAUGAGCAAACCCACCGCAAAAGUCUCUUCGCCGGGAAGUGAAGUGAGGGCAGGGCUCAGGCGAUUGGGUUACGAAAGACCUGGCGAUCUAGAGAUGUAUCCCUCGGAUGAGUCCAUUCCGUAUGGCUAUGCACCCAAUCGGUGUCAUUGCCAGGCCGGCAAUCGCGAGCUUUAUAGGGCCCAAAGAUCUAAGGGAAUUAAAAAUCCAUACGCCGAUUUACCAGAGCACUUGAGACCUUUGGCCUGUGAACACGAGCUGCGAAGUUCCCUGUUGGCUUCCGAUUUCAAUCCGAGGUGUCCAGCGAAACACCUUUCGCCAGAAGUUGCUCAACUCAUGCAAAUUGCUAGCAUUUCGAACCUUUAUGCUGCAGUCGUGCAAAAUCAACACUCCAGAAUGUUAUUUGCAGAAGGAAGACCGCCGAUACCAAAGGUAAUACCCUGUACUGAGAACAGUCGCAGAUUCUCUGGUGGUUUCAUGAUGCCCGAACCCUAUUUCAACGGAAUGCCUUGGAGUUGGCUUCACAGGGAUCCUCAGAAAAUGGUUCGACUUCCAAGUGGAGGUCUACCUCCUGAAAUUCCCCGAUAUAGAAGUUUACCCAUGGAUGAAGAGUACCACAGUUUCAAAAGUUCAUAUGAAAACUCCAGCAGUUUAUUGCCUUAUAAAAGAGCACAAGACAGAUUCUUACCCGCUAUUAGGGAAACAAAAAUGCUGGACUAUGAAAAACCUCUAAAUUCGGUUGAUAAUGAAAAGAAAAGAGAGUGGGAGGACAUCUUAUUAAAGAAAGUUAAUGAAGCUAGGAGAACUCAAACCCCCUUAGAUUACUGGAAGGAGAUGAUGAAGAGAAAUUUGUCAAGAAGAACAUUCGAUCAUGGCGAAAACGAUUCUUUGAGUUUACGCCGUAUAACAACCCCUAUGACAGAAAAGAAAAGCAUCAUCUUCCUAAGAUCAGCAAAGCAAAUUAAAAGCACAGUUUUGGAAAACAGAAAAGAAAAGACUGAACAGUUACCUUCAAUCAUUAAAACGUAUCGCAAGCAUAAUGAUUGGAAUGAUAUAUCGCCCAAGAACAGAACAAAUCCUCAAAUAAUUGUACAAGAAAACAGUGAUCCGAAGGAUUUAUUCAAUCGUCAAAUCGGAAACAAAUCUGCAGUUAAAAUAGCUAAGACUGAAAAUGUUAAACAGGAUUAUCUUGAUCCCGAGCAUUACAGAAGAGAAGUCGCUAGGGAGCAUUCCAGAAAACGACGUUAUGAAAGGAAAGUUGCCGGAGAAAGUGUUUUACUAAUAAGACCUGUAGAAAACCUUCAGCCUGAAGGUGGGGAUCAAAUACCCAAGCAUCAAAGUGAGCCUCAUAAAAAAGAGCCUCGAUUUGUAAAGCUAUCAAAUCGUAAUGAAGGUAAAAAAUGCUAUAGUCAUUCGGAAUUGAAGUCGCCAAAAACAAUUAUCAAAAAAAUGAGCUCUCAUUCAGUUUCCUUUAAAGAUAGAUCUGACUUUUUAAGGAGAUUCAAACAUUCGGGAAUAAAGUCGCCAAAAAUAAUUACCAAAAAACUGAGCUCUCAUUCAGUUUUCUUUAAGUUAAAAUCUGAAUUUUUAAACAGAUUUAAAAUGCCCUCUCCCAAAGAAAAGGUGCAAGCCGAAGACUUCUAAAGAAAAUUGAAUACCGUUUUUGAGAGGAACUGCAGGUCCGUAAUACGCUAACGAAAAAAGCCAUCAAGUUCUGUGUUAUAACAUUUAGUUAGUCUUUAUAGUGAAUUGCGAUUUUUGAAUUCGACUUAUUCAAGCUGAAAUCAAUAUGAGCAUCAAAGUGAAUUAUUGUAUUCUCACUACACAUGUGUAAAUAAAUCAAAGGCCUGACCGCCUAUUAAAUUUA